AUGAAGAUGAAGACAUGUGGGAAUACCUUAAGAAAAAAGGCCUUGUUAUUUCUAAAACAUUCUUUGUCUUAAGGUCAACAUAUGUAGAUUUAAGUGAGGACAAUUUACCUGCAGUUUUCAACAAUUUUAAUGAAUUUAAUGAGUCAAUGAAUGUUGAAAGUACACCCAAACGAAAAUUGUGCCAUACCUGCCACUGUACCUACACUGGAAGUGAAUGCUUCAUCUGCUUACAAAAUCAAGAGUACUUGGAAAGUCUUGAAAAGGACAAGGAAAAGACUGCAUUAGAACUGAACUUGACAACAGCUACAGAACUAAACGAUUGUUUUGACAACGAAAUGCCAAAUAGUUCAUUUGAAGGAAAUCCUAUUCCUGAUUUGCCAUCAGUUGCCGAAUUAAGGCAGAUCAGAUUAAAUCUAUUUACCACAGAUGUACCUGAAUGUUUAACUGCAGAAAAAGAAGUAAAAGUUAACAGACACAAUAUAAGAAAAGACUUGAUUAAAGCUUUCAAAGAUGAGGUAAUUUUACUGUUUGUAUAUUAAUUAUGACGGGAAUUUAAGUGACAGAUU